AUGUCUCAUCAAAAUUUAAAACAAGAAAAAGGUGUAGAAAUUGCAUUGGCUUAUUUAAGAGAAGUUAAAAAUCGAUGUAAAAAACCUAAAAUAUUUAAUGAAUUUUGUGAGACUAUGAAAUUAUUUAAAAGAAAAGAAAUUACUGAAAGUAAUUGUCAUAAUGUUGUUAAAAGUCUUUUUAAAGAUGAUCCCGAAUUAUUAGAAGGGUUUUAUGUUUAUUUUCCUAGACAAUCAUUAUCAUCAUCGACUUUUUGCAUAAGCACAACACAAGAAGUUAAAGUGGAUAAUAAAGAAAACAAUACUAAUCAUAUGAACAUUAAAAGCAAAGUUGUUUUUAACAAUGAAAAUGACAAAAAAUUGGAUUUUCGAGAGAAUGAUCGUCAAAGUCAUAUUAUUAUUAGCACCGGAGAAGAGAAAAUGGUGAUGAUCGAUAAAGAAUUGGAAAGUGAAAAUAUCUCUAACAUUAAUCAAGGUACUAAGACAGAAUUUAUUAAUGAAUUUUAUACAAAUUUUCGUUCACCAAAGAAAGAAGCAUCCGAUCUUUCAACAGUUAUUUCUAAUUCUAGAAGUUCUUCAUUCUCUCAAACAUCAUCACCACAAAGUUCUUUCAAAAAUGUUGAGAUUUUUGAUGAUGAUGAUAAUAACAUUACCUCAUUAAAGCCAUCAUCACCUAUAAGAAAGAAAGAUACACAAUUACAACAGCAAAUAGCAUCUUCAUCUCCAGCGUCAAAUUCAUCGGAAACGGGUUUAAGGAGAAGCACUCGUAAUCGUAAAGUUGCUUCGAAACCAGUUGAUGAUGCUUAUGUUUUUUAUAAAUAA